AUGCUUUACUCAGAUUAUACAGAUGAACCUCCAUAUAAUAAAGGAGCAUUUCGCAUUGAAAUAUCUUUUCCUGCAGAAUACCCUUUCAAACCUCCGAAAAUUACUUUUCUAACACAGAUAUAUCAUCCAAAUAUUGACGAAAAUGGACAAGUUUGCCUACCUAUUAUUAGCCCCGAACAUUGGAAACCUGCAACUAGAACUGAUCAAGUGAUUUAUUCUUUAUUGCAACUUAUCAACGAGCCUGAACCGGAACAUCCGUUAAGAGCCGAUCUGGCCGAAGAAUAUAAUCAAAACAAAGAUAUAUUUCUAGAACAUGCUGAAGAAUUUACUGAAAAAUUUUCAGAACCAAGGCCAGUUGAUUAAUUUCAAAUCAGGCAUUACAGCUCAAUUGUAUUCUACACAAAAUAUUUUAUUAUGCACAUUGCAUAAAUAUCUAAUUGUUGUUGCAAAAUUAUUUAUAUUUGUUAAUAUUUUUAUACUCUAUUUCAUAUAAUGUUUGUGUCAUGCUUUUUGACUUGGCAAAAUUCUGUGUAAAUAUAUAUGGAAUAAGCUUAACAUUUCAUGAAAAUGUUAUAUAUACACACGCAUAUCAGACAUGAAAAUUUAUUUAAAAAAUUAUUUGUUACAUAGUUAAAUAUUUUGUUUAUUUAUUACAAUAAAUAAAUAAAAGCAGAUA